GUUACCACCGGAGCUCUACUGCUUCCUAUAACAUUACCUCACCUUCUAUUAGGAUCAAAAAGCUUGCCCUUUCUCUCCCAUCAUGGCUUCGGAAUUCAUAGCUUUCCUCAUCCUAAGCACCUCCUUCUUCCUCUUUAUCUCCAGAGCAGGAGCUUAUGGGCUUGCACCGGCUGCGAGCCCCUCUUCGCCCACUGAUCCUUUCGUCCCCUUUUCGCCGACUGCAAGCCCCUCUUCGCCGACUGAUCCUUUCGCCCCUUUUCCGGAUGGUGUCCCAACCCCAGCCCCUGCCCCCGUCCCUCCCCCAUCGUCGGCCAUCAAAGCUGGCUACUGGUUCUCAGGGAUCAAUCCCACCUCCAUCAACCUCUCCUACUUCACCCACAUCUACUACGCCUUUGUCGAACUAGAUAACACCUCCUUUGAAGUCGUCAUCACCCCCUCCGAUGCAGACAUCCUCGCCGACUUCACCGCGACCCUCCACGCUCACCAACCCCCAGUCAAAGCCAUGCUCUCCAUCGGCGGCGGUGGCGGCGGAGGCGACACCUUCGCCAGCAUGGCCACCAACUUCUCUACCCGCUCCGCCUUCAUUAAAUCCACCAUCGCCGUCGCCCGCGAGUACAACCUCGACGGCCUUGACCUCGACUGGGAGUUCCCGGUGAACCCCGAGAAAAUGGCAAGCCUUGGCGACCUCUUCAUGGAAUGGCGCGACGCGAUCGCUCGCGAGGCGGCCGAGACCGGCCGACCCAGUCUGUUACUCACGUCAGCCGUGUACUUCGCGUCGCACUUCUUCCUCCCCAGCUACACGCCGAGAUCUUAUCCGACCGACAAGAUGGCGGUUAGUCUGGACUGGAUCAAUGCGAUGUGCUACGACUACCAUGGCGCAUGGAACAAGACGGAGACCGGGGCGCCUGCGGCGCUGUUCGACCCAAAGAGCAACGUGAGCACGAGCUAUGGACUCACGUCGUGGGUGGAGGCUGGGAUUCCACCGAAGAAGGUGGUGAUGGGUUUGCCAUUAUAUAGCCACACGUGGCAGCUAAAGGACCCGGCGGACCACGGCAUCGGCGCGCCGGCAGUAGGGGUCGGACCGGGGAACGAGGGGGUGCUGGUGUACUCGAAGGUAGUGGAUUUUAACAGCGAAAACAACGCGACCCAAGUGUAUGAUGAAGUAACGGUGUCUGUGUAUUCUUACGCCGGGACGAAUUGGAUCGGGUACGAUGACCCGUUGACGGUGACGACGAAGAUAGAGUUCGCGCAGGAGCUUGGCCUCGGCGGGUAUUUCUUUUGGGCGAUCGGAUACGACAAGGAUUGGAGCAUCUCUCAAAGAGCAUGGGAUGCAUGGCAGGGUUGAGCGAAUGAACUUCCUCUUCUUCUCCUUCUUCAGCCAUCAUUAUCUCUCUCCAUUGGCUUGAUGUAAUAGCUAUUUGCUUAAUUUCGGUUUUACCCCAUAAGUAUCUUUGUUUCAAUCUGCUUAAUUUAAUGAAGAACUUGUGUUGUUCCAAAAAGAAAA